AUGCAAGGAAUCCUCAGCUCGGUGGCACCGUCGACCCUGCGAUCAUACACCAAGGCGGUGGCACGCUUCUUGGCCUUCGCUGAGGGACUGGAGGGGCCGCCCCCCUGGCCAGCAUCUCAGGCAGUGGUGUUGCAAUACCUGGCCCACUUGCACGGGCGGGGCCUCGCUGCCGGGACCAUGCGCAGAGUCCUGGCCGCUAUCUCCUUCUUCAGCAAGGCGGGGGGCUUCCCUGAUCCCUGCGACUGUUUUGAGGCUCGCAGAGCCGUGGAAGGGUGGGGUCGGGCCGCCCCGCGUGUUCCCGACCAGCAGAGGCCCAUCACCUUGCCCAUCCUGCGGGCCAUACUCUGGGAGGUUCCUGGUGUUUGCUGGUCCUCAUACGAGGCGCAGCUUCUUCACACGACCUUUGUUUUGGCCUUUUUCGGGGCAUUCCGGGCGGGGGAGUUGGUGGCCGGGUCCCGCCGGGACCCCUCAGGCAGGGCCUUGGCCCUCAGGGACGUUGCCGUGGCUAGGCACAAGGUGGCCAUUACCAUACGCCACUCCAAAACUGACCAGCGGGGCCGAGGGGUCACGGUCCUCCUGCGAUCCUCGCGGGACAGGGCCAUUUGCCCGGUCCGGGCAAUUCAGUCCUUCUUGGUGGUCCAGCCUCAUUCCCCCGGCCCCUUCCUCGUUCACAGAGACGGGUCCCCCCUCACACGGUACCAGUUCGCGGCCCUCCUGCGGGCGUGCCUGCAGGCAGCCGGGUUCCCACCCAAGGAGUUUGCGACCCACUCCUUCCGCAUUGGAGCGGCCACGGUGGCCUCAGUCCUCGGCCUUCCCCCCACCGCCAUCCAGCGCCUCGGCAGGUGGCGGUCCAAUGCCUUUCGGGCCUACAUCCGCCCGGCCCGGGCAAUCAGGUGCUAA